AUGAUACGUCCAACGUCUAACCCUAGCACGGCAUUGGGCAGAAUUGGUAUAAAUGUUCAACAAGUGCGUUUCUUAAAAAGAAAAUUAGCAUAUCCACAAGCAUAUAAACCUCAAGUACCUCCAUUAACUCACAGGAAAAAGGAUCACACAAGUUAUUUUCAAAGACAUUUGAAGGGAUGGUUAGGGCCUGUCAAUGCGAGAGGUGAAUACUACAGAAACAAAUACUACUACCCACCUCAAGAUCACAAGCCACGUUAUGUGGUGCCGGAUGGUAAUACAAUUAUUGAUCCAAGCAAGCCACAGGUAUCGGACGAUAGAAGAUACAACGACACAAAGAGAAAUCCUUCAUUACAACCAUUUCCAUUUAACCCUCAUUGCAGGACCGCAUCUGUUAUCCCUAACGACUUGAAGGCCAAGAUCUACGAAGAAGUCACUCAAAAUGGAAUGCACAGUCAGGAAGUAGCCCACAAGUAUGGGAUCAAAAUAACCAGGGUAGAAGCUAUUGUCAAAUUACAACAAAUUGAACAGCAAUGGAAAGAAGAAAACUCUAUAAGCGAAGACUUGAACAAGUUCUCCGACGUCAUGUAUCGUAUGUUCCCAUUAUACGAACCACCAGUCGAAGCCGAAAACUUGACUGAAAUCCCAACUCCACAAAGAACUUUGCACCAACGUUUCUUAACUAUCUCUGAAUCUGAGCCUUUCGGUCCGGUCGAUGCUGCGAAAUUGUUCGACUUGGAACCUGCCCAAGAAACCUUGAACAAAUUGACAGAAUUCACCUCCGACGAGGAUUCUACCAAGAUCAAGCUUAACAAGGUAGUCGUCGGUUCUGAGAAGGAAGGGGACAAGAAUGUCUUCAAAUUCACUCAAUCGAAAUCUGGUGAUGUCGGUUUCCGUUACGGUGCCUCUAGAAGAGACAGGAAGAAGGAUAGAGCCAUCGGUUUCGAUGGUGAGGGUAAAAUGAUCUACACAUAA